CGAUACUUCGAUUCGACCCGACAACACUAUCCCCUUCCCAGUUCCCAAGUCCCAACUCUCCCGCGUCCUCAAGCGACCGGCGAUGUUCCCGUGCCGCCCCCUGGCGCCGCCGCCGCGCGCUCUCGCCUUUGGGCCUCCCGUCUCUGCGCGGCUUCCACCGUCGUCGUCGCGACCGCAGCCCUCGUCGCUGCGCAUGGUGCGGUGCAUGGCGAAGGAGCGGCGGGUGCGGAUGGUGGCGAAGCAGAUCCAACGGGAGCUCGCCGACAUGCUCACCCGCGACCCUAUCCUGCAGCGCGCGGUCCUCCCCGAGGCCGCGCUCGGAGCCGACCGGUACCUCUCCUCCCUCACCACCAUCGCCGACGUCGAGCUCUCCAACGACCUCCAGGUGUGCAAGGUGUACGUGUCCGUGUUUGGGGACGAGAGGGGGAAGAAGGUGGCCAUUGAGGGGCUCAAGGCGAAGACCAAGUACGUCAGGAGCCAGAUAGGCAAGCGGAUGAAGCUGCGCCUCACACCAGAGAUACGGUUCAUCGAGGACGAGUCCAUGGAGCGUGGAAGCAGGAUCCUUGCUAUACUUGACAAACUAAAGGAGGAAAGGGAGCAACAAGAAGGAAAAGAUGGAGAAGAAGACGCAGAAGGUGCAAAUAUAUCCGAAGAAGAAGACGGUGACUGGGAUGCAGAUGAGCCAGAUGAGGAGGAUAUCAUUUAUGUAAAAUAGCCAAUUGUGUCUUCUUGGGACAUGGUCACUAUUCAUCCUUCCUCAGAACACAGCAGUUCUCUUAGAGUUCAGUCCUGCAAAGUCGACAACUUACUGCUCACCUUCUUGACAAGGUGCUCCAAAGCAUGCCAGCACUUUAAGAGGUUUGCAGAGAAGCAAGCCAUAUCACAUCUUUGUUGCUGAUUAGAAUCAGGCCAUAUCCUUUCUCUCAUGGUUGUCAGUAUGAAGGAUAUUCUGAAGGGAAGUUCGGAAGACAUAAAAUCAUCUUCAAUUUACUAGAUCGUGGUAUCUGACCAUUGAUAAAAGACUGUUUUGACUGAUGUUCAUCCUUGUGUUAUGUUGACUAGCACUUGUUAUAUGUAUAACUGAUAUGUCUACUUAUCUUACUGAAUGCCAAUUUUCAUUUUAUUA